UCUUUUGACGAGUUACCAGAUCAUCAGUUGACCACAGAUCAAGUGAACAUCAACAGCAACAAUGGGAGAUUGGGGAUUCCUAUCAUCCUUGCUGGACAAGGUCCAGUCACACUCUACCAUCAUUGGGAAGAUCUGGAUGACUGUUCUCUUCCUGUUUAGAAUCAUGGUUCUGGGUGCCGGUGCGGAGAGCGUUUGGGGCGACGAGCAGUCCGAUUUCAUAUGUAACACUAAGCAACCUGGUUGCGAGAAUGUGUGCUAUGAUUGGACAUUCCCCAUCUCGCACGUUCGUUUCUGGGUUCUUCAGAUUAUCUUCGUCGCCACACCGACAUUAAUCUACCUUGGCCAUGCCAUGCAUGUCAUCCACCAAGAGAACAAGCUGAGGGAGAAGCUGGCGAGCCCUGGGGGCUCCCGCCUGCUCAAAAUGCCAAAAUAUACUGAUGAAAAGGGGAAGGUGAGGAUCAAGGGGAACUUGCUGGGGAGCUACCUGACUCAGCUGUUUGCUAAGAUCAUCAUUGAGGCUGGCUUCAUAGUGGGCCAGUACUACCUGUACGGUUUUGUCAUGGUCCCCAUGUUCCCUUGCUCGAAGAAGCCCUGUCCUUUCACUGUUGAGUGCUACAUGUCCCGACCAACGGAGAAGACCAUCUUCAUCAUCUUUAUGCUGGCAGUGGCCUGUGUCUCAUUGUUUCUCAAUGUCAUUGAGGUGAUGUACCUGAUUUGUACCAGAGUUCGAUGUGGUGCCAAGCCUCGGAAAAUUACAUCAGUUGAACAUCCCGCAACUCUGUCAGGUCCCAGGUGGCCAAAUCCAGAGGAUACACUCAGGCAGAACAAGUUAAACAUGGAGCUCGAGAACAGCCAGAGUAUGGGUGGGAGCUUGGAUGGAGCCAAAGAGGAGAAACGACUGCUGAGCAAUCAUUAGAAAUCACUCACUCCUGUGAUUGGAUCAGGCCUAAUUCAUUCCAUGGUUACAGUUCAGAUACACUUUCCAUCACAGCGUAUACG